GGAGAGCGCGCGCAGGCACCGGUCCUGGCCCGUGGCAUGCAUUGCGCCGCUCGCUCUCCUCAGAACUGUGCAAUCGAGUUCAUCCCCUUCCCCCAGGGAGGAAGAGAAGAAAAAAACUAAAGCAACACAUCUAGUGUGUGGCUGGCUGCUUCCGAGUAACUGCUCUCGUGCAGAGAGUAGACCGACCGCCUGCCUCGCGCCUUCUCGAAAGAGAGAGAGAUACAGUGAGAGUGAUAGAGGUGGCGUUGGACACACACACCGCUCCGCGCGCGCAGUCGUGGGGGGGAAACACCGAGCUGCGGCAAACACCGGGAAUUCUCGGAGAGAAGAGAGAGGGGAUUUAAAUUAAAGACCGACUGAACGAGCGAGGGAGGGGAGCGCGAGGCCGUUCUGUGUCCUGCUAGGCUGCGAAGGGGGAGGAGAGACGGAGAAUGAGCUAUUCUUGUACCAGCAGAGAGGCUGUCUGCAAUAGCCAGGAUCCAUCUAGCGCUAAGAUACCCAGCAGCAGUAAUCCGCGCAGUAGCAGCGGCGGAGACACCGGCGGCGGCAGCAUCGGCAGCAGUUCUCGCGGCGGCCAGGCGAACCCGAGCCCCAAACAACCCGUGACGAUGAAAGUGAAGAAAGGCUGCAACUCGACGGACGUGGGGGUCCCAGUGACCACGGAGGAGGAAUUGCUCAGCAACUCAGUGAUCACCCCCGAGGAUGUGCUGGGGCUACAGAAGAUCACAGAAAAUUACCUGUGCGGUCCGGAGGAGAACGUGUACAACAUCGACUUCACUAGGUUUAAGAUUCGGGACAUGGAGACGGGGACGGUGUUAUUCGAGAUUACCAAACCCCCAGCAACUGAUAAGUCCGGGGAGAAGCGGGACCUGGACCCCAACGCCGGCCGCUUCGUGCGCUACCAGUUCACCCCCGCCUUCCUGCGGCUGCGCCAGGUCGGAGCCACCGUGGAGUUCACGGUCGGCGACAUGCCCAUCAAUAACUUCCGUAUGAUCGAGCGGCACUACUUCCGCGAGCAGCUGCUGAAGAGCUUCGACUUCGAGUUCGGCUUCUGCAUCCCCAGCAGCAAGAACACCUGCGAGCACAUCUACGAGUUCCCGCCCUUAUCCGAGGACAUCAUGCGUGAGAUGAUCCUGCAUCCUUACGAGACGCAGUCCGACAGCUUCUACUUCGUGGACAACAAGCUGGUGAUGCACAACAAGGCCGACUACUCCUACAGCGGGGGCCCCUAGGGGCCCGAGGUGCCCCUCCCCCCUCCGCCCUCCCCUCCCCCCUCACAGACGGACAGACGGAUGGACAAACAGGUCACAAACAGGAGACUGGUGGACUCACACACAAGUACCACUCCCUUCUCCCAGGACAUCAAGUAAACCCCCAUA